GAUUCAACCAAAAAAAAAAAAAUGAAGAGAGAAGUAAUGAGAAAGUAAGGGGAAAGGGAGUAGAAACCCUAGAGUGAGAAAGAGAAACAGAGAACAAUGAGAAGAACUGUUCUGAGAAAUGCAACUCUGUUCACACGAAACCUUCUUCACUCCGCCCCUGCACCCGCCGCUUCAACUCUUCUGCGACCAAAACUUUUCUGCUCCAAUGAAACUCCACCGCUGCCGGUUCCCCAAAACCCCGACGACGUCGACAACAAAGAGCUGAAGAGGCGGAUUGAGGGCUACAUGAAGGGUGACGAGCAGAUGCUGCCGUCGAUCAUGGAGGCGAUUCUGCAGCGGAAGCUGUCGGGGAAGCACGAGGAGACUGACGACGAGCUAAUGGACGAGCUCAGCAGUCGCCCCCUUGACGACGUCGAAGACGGGGACUUCGAGUCCGAUUUCGAGGACAUGCACGAAACCGAUGAAGAGAUCGACGAUUUGUACAACGCUAGGGAUGAGGUGAUGAAGAGGAUGGUGCGGGACGAAUACUUCAACAUGGAUGAUAAAAAGUGGGACGACAUUGUUGAGGAUGGGAUCAAGCACGGUUUUCUUAGGGACACCAAGGAGUGCGAGGAGAUUCUCGAGGACAUGCUCAGCUGGGACAAACUCCUCCCAGAUGAUAUAAAGCAGAAGGUGGAAAUAAAAUUUAAUGAGCUAGGGGACAUGUGUGAAAGAGGAGAACUUGAACCCGAAGAAGCUUAUGAACAAUUUAAGAAGUUUGAGGAUGAGAUGGUAGCAGAAUACAUGAAGAUAAUGGAAAAAGAGGAGGUCCCACAGUUUGAUGAUACUACUGUGCCGGAUAAGAAAAAGGACUCGGACGAUCCACCAGGUGAAGGUCCAAUUUUGCGGUGGCAAACUCGGGUAGUCUUUGCUCCUGGUGGUGAUGCCUGGCACCCGAAGAACAGGAAAGUGAAACUUUCUGUUACUGUGAAGGAGCUAGGGCUUUCAAAAUACCAAUUUCGCCGUCUCAGAGAAUUGGUUGGAAAGCGUUAUCAUCCAGGGAGAGACGAGCUUACAAUAACUAGUGAGAGGUAUGAACAUCGAGAAGAAAACAGAAAAGACUGCUUAAGGACACUUCUCUCACUCAUUGAGGAGGCAGGAAAAGCUAAUAAAUUAGUAGAUGAUGCCCGGGCUUCAUAUGUAAAGGAGAGGCUCCGUGCCAAUCCAGCAUUCAUGGAGAGGUUGCAUGCGAAGUGCAUGAGGUUGCGAGAAUCUAAUCAGGUUACUGCUUGAAGCUUUCAGUUUUUGAAUGCUAGUGAUAUGCCUUUGAGGAGAACACUGAUCAUGGAUAAGACUGGAUGUCCUCAAAUUGAAGCUAGGAAGGAUUAGUGCCAUUUUGUACCUUUAACCACAAUACAUCGACCAAUUCUAGCGUGCUUUUCCACAGAAUAGAGAGAAUAUUUAUCUCAGACAAUCAUAGACAGAAUUAUGAUUAAUAAACAAUUGAUCCUUGUUAAAAGAAAAUGGUAUUCUUCUUACACCUUAUAUAAUUUUUGGACGCCUCUAUUUUUUUUUUUCUGGAAAGGGCUUCUGCAAUGUAUUAUCUAACAUUCUAGUUCAUUGAAUACAUUUUACCGGAGCAAAUGACCAUUUUCUUAGUAGUAAAUGGUUAUGGCGGAUUAAACUCCAAA